AGAGUCGAGCCACGUUCCGAGAGACGAGCAUUUCCCGAAGAAGUCGAGUUUCUGAGAAAUAAUCAGCCAAAGUCAAUUCCGAGCCAAAGUAAUCCCAAGCCUUGGUCGAUUCCGUGUCGAACUGCAUCCAGACACGCCCGCGCGCUCGCUGAAGAAGCCGCGAGCUCGAGAGCCCCGCGCGACCCACCUCAUCACACGCUCGCGAGCCAGCGGUUACACCCGCGAGCUCGAGAGCUUCGCCGCCCCAGCACCUCGCGUGCUCGCGAGUUCGCGCGUACGCCCACGACGUCGAGAGCGCUGUUCACCAUACCGCGUGCUCGCACCCGUAGUCGCGAGGUCGAGAGUUGCCCGUUCCUAGCGCCUCGCGCACUCGCGUGCUCGCGCCCCCCUCAGCGUGAUCGAGAGUGCUGCCCGCCUUCCGUCUCUGCACCUUUUGUUCCUCGCGAGCCCGCAACGUCCACCGCGAGCUCGGGAAUGAAUGGAAUGCUUGAUUUGGGAGCCGAGAUCAACCUUAUGCCAUACUCAAUUUUAAAGCAAUUAGAAUUGGGAGAUAUCAAGCCUACGAGGAUGUGUUCGCAAUUGGCGGAUCGUACACUACAUUAUUCGAAGGGUGUUAUUGAGGAUAUUUUAAUCCGAGUUGGAAAUUUGAUUGUCCCGGCGGAUUUCGUGGUACUUGAUGUGGGAGAGGUCCCAAAUACCGGGAAUGAGCACACCAUCUUUCUUGGCCGCCCGUUUAUGGCCACUACCAACACUCUCAUCAAUGUCAAAGACGGGCGAGUCACAUUAUCGGCUCUCGGUGAAACGGUCACUUUUACAAUGAGCGAGGCAAAGACCACACCGUCGUUCACCGAGAGUUGCUCUUAUGUUAAUGUAAUCGAGGCGGAGGUCCACAACCUUUUUCAUGCCGAUGUCUCUUGUGAGUGUGGAGUUCCCGAAGGAGAGGAGCCGGAGAAGCUUGAUCCUAAAGAAGAAGGUGUGGUGGAUCUUAUUGAGAUAUCCAAAGAACCCGAACCCCGGGAAAUUUCGACCGAGCUUAAACCAUUACCACCACACCUCAAGUAUGUCUUUCUCGAAGAAAAUGAGAAGAAGCCCGCUAUUAUAUAUUCAGGGCUUUCGAAUGAAGAGGAAAAACUCCUUGUGGAGGUUCUUAUGGCGAACAAGGAUGCCCUCGGGUGGAUUUUGAGUGAUAUCAAGGGGAUAAGCCCGGCCACAUGUAUGCACCGAAUUAUUAUUGAGGAUGAGUCAAAGCCAAUCCGGGAGGGUCAAAGGCGAUUGAAUCCCACGUUGAUGGAGGUGGUAAAAGGGGAGAUUCUUAAAUUGCUACAAGAGGGGAUCAUUUAUGCC